GACACCCAAUCAUUGACCCCUUUUCCUUUCACGCCACUUCCCCAUCGGGACUCUAUGACGAUUCAACUCAUGACUCGUAGUACAUACCGAAAGUAUAACCCCGGUCUUCUUUCAAUAAACAUCUCAUAUUUCCUCUUCCUCUUCACCUUCGAGCUGCCUAUAUGCGGUAUAUACUAGCCUUGACUAUGCAGAUAAGUAUGACAUCUCAAUAAUAGGAACCGAGAAGACAUCGGGAUGUUUGUCUAGCCAAUGCAUUUGACUCCCUGUGCAGGCCUGUCAAACAGUAUCCUCAGUUGCAUUUCUUUUUUCCGUCAAAAGCUUCAAACUCCCCAGCUCCUGCACCAGUCUAUGUACGUACGACUGGUUCGCACUUGAAAUCAAUCUGUCGUUGGCGCCUCCAAUGAUCUUCAGAUGUAUGGCUGUCGCCGUUUUGAAAGGGCUCCGACUCCUAUCACCCAAAAGCGGAUAUUCAGCAUCGCCAUGGCCGAUGCGACGUCCGAAUUAUGGACGAUCAUCACCCGCACGUAGCCUCCACGUGGGUGAAAUUCCAAAGAUGAAUUUCCCAUCUUCCGAUGUGCUAGACGGGUUGUGGCUAUCACAAGCUGAAGGGUACGUUAUAGUAGCCUUUCUCACGCUUUGGACUUGGGAACUCCUCAUAUCCUUUGCAGAUGAUGUGGAAAUGUUCACCGGACGGAGAUUCGCUUUAUACGAUACAGUAUAUGUCUUGGCUCGGAUGGCAACUGGGGGAUUGCUCAUGUCAACUCUGGGAUUCUUAGCACAAUCUGGAACCGGUUGCGAACCAGUUCUAAAAGCUGUCGGCUGGUUCGAAGCCUUUUCUCUGAUUUUGAAUUCGCUUCUCUUUCUUUUCCGAGCAUUAGCUGUAUUUUCUUUAUCACCAAAGAUCAAGGCGCUCUUCAGCUUUCUGUGGCUGAUAACGCUUACGGCGUUAACUAUCCCGUUCAGUUCCACCCUUAAUAUCGGACCCGUUUGCAAUAUUGACGAUGUCAAGCCGUUCAUAUCAGUAUCCUUCGCCCUGGUUACAACAUUUGACACCGCCGUCUUCGUCGCAAUAUCCUUAGAGGUGCUUAGAUAUAACUUGGUAGAUACGAGAAGAAAGGGCUUCAUCUCUUUCGUUUGUGGCCAGGGAUUGGGUCAAGUGUCGAGGGCACUACUGCUGACGGGACAGUUGUAUUACUUGACAAUGAUUCCAGUGAACACAAUGGCUUUAAUCGUCAUUCUUUCGUCGAAAUCUACGUUUCCUCCCAUGUUUAAGGCUGGGUUUAUGCUUGCCGCUUUUGCCACGCAGAACAUCAUGGCCUCCAAAGUGUUUCGUCUACUCAGACUUGGUCGUCUCCAAGAAAAUGCCUCGCUGCUCCACACGUCUCAGGAUGAAAGGACGCAGAGUAUCCGUUUCGCUCACCAAAGCGAACAUGUAUGUUCUGGCGACUUUGUGUCGUCCGUGGUGGAAGGAGGCAUAAAUGCCUCCAUGACCGCUGAACAUGCACAAGCGAGCACAGAGCACGUGGUUGAUCCCGACAACGAACCAGGAGGGACAAGCGGAAUGUUCACAAUCACUCAGUCCACUGCCUAGCAGCCUUUCACUUCGUUCUCAUCAUGGUUGAAAGGUCGGUCAACUAAGAUUCCUCGUUGGAAAAGACCGCUGGCAUUGCUUACACUUAACCUUUUUGUAGCAUUUUGAUCUCGCCGUCGGUAUACUGUAUAUUGCCUUUAUCUUAACGAUCUCGCAUAAUCAGAAUAAUUUAUCAGUAUAAACCACACUUGCUUCAUGCGAGGCUUUUGCAUUGAUCCAAUCUGACCGGCAGCGCAAAAAAAAAUAUUAUUCUUAGGCACGUUAUAAACCUGGCUCAAAUCAUGAUACGUCACAUUGUAUGUACCGAAUUUCCUACCUCUUGACUGGGAUCGCUCCGUACGUCACUCCUCUUCACGUUCGCAAAACCAAUUACUGGAUCAUAUUUGC